GAACAGGAGAGAUCAAGAUCAGUGUGACCAAUGAACAUUCCCAGUCCACCUUCAGCUCUCACACCAGUAAGAAGACCCAGCCGUCCAUGUAUGAGCAGCUCCGAGACAUUUCCAUCGACAAUAUAUGCAGGUGUUUAAAAGCAGGCUUGUGCAUGGACUCAGUCAUCGUUGAGGCUUUCCUCGCCAGUCUUUCCAACCGUCUCUACAUCUCGCAGGAAAAUGACAAGGACGCCCACCUCAUCCCGGAUCACACCAUACAAGCUUUAGGACACAUCGCCGUGGCCCUGAGGGACACUCCUCGUGUGAUGGAGCCCAUCCUUCAGAUCCUGCAGCAGAAGUUCUGCCAGCCACCGUCCCGGCUCGACGUCCUCAUCAUAGAUCAGCUGGGCUGUAUGGUCAUCACAGGAAACCAAUACAUUUAUCAGGAAGUCUGGAACUUGUUUCAGCAGAUUAGUGUGAAGGCCAGCUCGAUGGUUUACUCCACCAAAGACUACAAGGAUCAUGGAUACAGACACUGUUCUCUGGCCGUGAUCAACGCGCUGGCCAAAUCCGCAGCAAACCUGCAGACAGAGCAGAUGGUGGAUGAGCUGCUGGUGAAUCUGCUGGAGCUGUUUGUGCAGCUGGGGCUGGAGGGGAAGAGAGCCAGCGAAAGAUCCAGUGAGAAGGGCCCGGCCCUCAAGGCGUCCAGCAGCGCUGGGAAUUUAGGAGUUCUGAUUCCUGUCAUUGCUGUGCUGACCAAACGUUUGUCGCCCAUAAAAGAGGCCAAACCGAGACUGCAGAAGCUGUUCAGAGAUUUCUGGCUGUAUUCAGUUGUGAUGGGCUUCGCUGUCGAGGGCUCAGGUUUGUGGCCGGAGGAGUGGUAUGAGGGAGUGUGUGAGAUCGCAACCAAAUCGCCGCUGCUGACGUUCCCGAGCGGAGAGCCGCUUCGCUCAGAGCUGCAGUAUAACUCUGCGCUGAAGAACGACACGGUGACUCCGGCCGAGCUGAAUGAUUUGAGAGGCACCAUCAUUAACCUGCUGGAUCCUCCGCCGGAAGUGGCUGCGCUCAUCAAUAAACUGGACUUCGCCAUGUCCACCUACCUGCUGUCCGUCUACCGCCUGGAGUACAUGAGGGUGUUACGCUCGCUGGAUUCGGAUCGUUUCCAAGUGAUGUUUCGAUACUUUGAGGACCGAGCGAUCCAGAAGGAUAAAUCAGGAAUGAUGCAGUGUGUCAUAGCGGUGGGUGACAAGGUUUUCGAUGUCUUUCUGCAGAUGAUGGCUGACAAGGAAAAGACUAAAGCUCAUGAGGAGGAGUUAGAAAACCAUGCUCAGUUCCUGUUGGUCAACUUCAACCACAUUCACAAGAGAAUCCGCAGAGUUGCAGACAAAUAUCUGUCAGGACUCGCUGAGACUUUUCCGCACUUGUUGUGGAGCGGUCGUGUCCUGAGGACCAUGCUGGAUAUAUUACAGACCCUGUCUCUUUCACUCAGUGCUGACAUCCACAAAGACCAGCCGUAUUAUGACAUACCGGACACCCCGUAUCGUAUCACCGUGCCGGAUACAUACGAGGCCAGAGAGAGCAUAGUGAAAGACUUUGCUGCCCGCUGUGGAGAAAUCCUAAAAGAGGCCAUGAAGUGGGCACCAUCGGUCACCAAAUCUCACCUACAGGAGUACCUGAAUAAGCACCAGAACUGGGUGUCAGGUCUGUCUCAGCACACGGGUCUGGCGAUGGCCACCGAGAGCAUCCUGCACUUCGCUGGAUAUAAUCGACAGAGCACCAGUCUGGGGACCACUCAGCUCACAGAGAGACCAGCAUGUGUGAAGAAAGACUACUCCAACUUCAUGGCCUCCCUCAACCUGAGAAACCGCUAUGCUGGAGAGGUAGCAGGGAUGAUCCAUUUCUCCGAGGCCACGCGGAGCACGUCAGAUCUGAACAAGCUGAUGAUUCGUGAGAUGAAUGAAGCUCUGGACGGAGGUCAGCCGGAAGCCUUCACUGAAGCCAUGUUCAAAAUGACUGCGCUGCUCAUCAGCUCCAAAGAAUGGGAUCCUCAGCUGCUGCAUCGCCUCUGCUGGUCUCCGUUAAAGAUGUUCACCGAGAAUGGCAUGGAAACAGCUAUUGCCUGCUGGGAAUGGCUCCUGGCUGCGAGGACAGGCGUUGAAGUCCCGUUCAUGCGGGAGAUGGCAGGUGCGUGGCAGAUGACCAUCGAGCUGAAGAUAGGGCUGUUCUCUGACGCCCAGGUGGAGGCGGACCCCCUGGCGGCCUCCGAGGAGAGCCAACCCGUCCCCUGUCCGCCCGACGUCACGCCCCACUACACCUGGAUCGAGUUCCUGGUCCAGCGCUUUGAGAUCGCCAAGUACAGCAGUGCUGAUCAGGUGGAGAUUUUCGGCACUCUUCUGCAAAGGUCUCUGUGUCUCAAUGUUGGCGGCCCGAAAAGCAGCCUGAACCGCCACGUGGCGGCCAUUGGACCACGCUUCAGGUUGUUGACUCUCGGACUUUCGCUCCUUCAUUCUGACGUCGUGACCAACGCCACGAUCCGUAACGUGCUGCGGGAAAAGAUUUACUCCACCGCCUUUGAUUAUUUCAGCGUUGCUUCAAAGUUCCCCACUCAGGGAGACAAGCGUCUGCGCGAGGACAUCAGCAUCAUGAUCCGCUUCUACGCCAGCAUCCUCUCCGAUAAGAAGUACCUAGCUGCUAGUCAGCUCGUGCCACCUGACAACCAGGAUCCGUCCAUGAACAGUUUGUCGGUGAUGAACGCCGCCGACCCGAGGAACAACAUGGACAUGACCAUGGGUUCCCGUCAGCAGAGCGCUCAGGGCUGGAUCAACACCUACCCCCUGUCCAGCGGGAUGUCCACCACCUCCAAGAAAUCAGGCAUGUCCAAAAAGAGCAACCGAGGCACGCAGCUGCACAAGUACUACAUGAAGCGCAGGACGUUACUCUUGGCCUUACUGGCCAGUGAGAUCGAGCGACUGACCACUUGGUACAACCCGCUAUCAACGCAGGAGCUGGCCAUCGCCACAGAGCAGUCGGUAGAGACCAGCAUCUCCAACUGGAGAUCCAAAUACAUCAACCUGAGUGAGAAACAGUGGAAGGACAAUGUCAACUUGGCCUGGAGUAUCGCUCCGUAUCUGGCCAUGCAGCUGCCAGCGAGGUUCAAAAAUGCAGACGCCAUCGUGGCUGAAGUGACCCGUCUGGUUCGACUGGAUCCUGGUGCGGUCAGCGAUGUGCCAGAAGCAGUCAAGUUCCUGGUGACGUGGCACACCAUUGAUGCUGAUUCUCCAGAGCUGAGCCACAUCCUGUGCUGGGCUCCUGCAGAUCCUCCCACCGGCCUCUCGUACUUCUCCAGCAUGUACCCUCCUCAUCCGCUCACCGCUCAGUAUGGAGUCAAAGUCCUGCGCUCCUUCCCUCCUGACGCGAUUUUGUUUUACAUUCCUCAAAUCGUUCAGUCGCUGCGGUAUGACAAGAUGGGUUACGUGCGAGAGUACAUCCUGUGGGCCGCACAGAAGUCCCAGCUCCUCGCUCAUCAGUUCAUAUGGAACAUGAAGACCAACAUCUUUCUGGACGAGGAAGGCCAACAGAAAGAUCCGGACAUCGGUGAGCUUCUGGAGCAGAUGGUGGAGGAGAUCACACACUCUCUGUCAGGUCCAGCUAAAGACUUCUACCAGCGCGAGUUUGACUUCUUCAACAAGAUCACCAACGUCUCCGCCAUUAUCAAGCCUGUUCCUAAAGGAGAGGAGAGGAAGAGAGCGUGUCUGAAGGCGCUGUCCGAAAUCAAAGUUCAGCCCGGAUGUUAUUUGCCAAGUAACCCGGAAGCUAUCGUUCUGGAUAUCGACUACAAGUCAGGGACACCGAUGCAGAGCGCUGCUAAAGCUCCUUAUUUGGCCAAAUUCAAAGUGAAGAGGUGUGGAGUUAGCGAGCUUGAAAAAGAGGGUCUGCGCUCUCCGUCAGACUCUCAGGAUGAAGGUGAUGAGAAUCCUGAGACUGCUCAAAAGGUCUGCUGGCAGGCGGCCAUCUUUAAAGUGGGCGAUGAUUGCAGACAGGACAUGCUUGCGCUCCAGAUCAUCGGUCUCUUCAAGAACAUCUUCCAGCUGGUGGGUCUGGAUCUGUUCGUGUUCCCGUACCGUGUGGUGGCCACCGCUCCUGGAUGUGGCGUGAUUGAAUGUAUUCCGGACUGUAAGUCCCGCGAUCAGCUCGGCCGGCAGACUGACUUUGGCAUGUACGACUACUUCAGGAACCAGUACGGGGACGAGUCCACGCUGGCCUUCCAGAAGGCUCGCUAUAACUUCAUCCGCAGUAUGGCUGCAUACAGUCUGCUGCUCUUCCUGUUACAAAUCAAAGACCGACACAAUGGUAACAUCAUGCUGGACAGCAAAGGCCAUCUCAUCCACAUCGACUUCGGCUUCAUGUUCGAGAGCUCUCCGGGGGGUAAUCUGGGCUGGGAGCCCGACAUCAAGCUGACCGAUGAGAUGGUGAUGAUCAUGGGCGGCAAGAUGGAGGCCACGCCCUUUAAAUGGUUCAUGGAGAUGUGUGUGCGCGGAUACCUGGCCGUAAGGCCGUACAUGGAUGCUGUGGUAUCUCUGGUGACAUUAAUGCUGGACACAGGGCUGCCAUGCUUCAGAGGACAGACUAUCAAACUCCUCAAGCAAAGGUUCAACCCCAACAUGAGCGAGAAGGAAGCCGCGGCCUUCAUGAUUAAAGUCAUCGAGCGCUGCUUCCUCAGUAGCAGGAGCAAAACCUACGACAUGCUGCAGUACUACCAGAACCAGAUCCCGUACUGAGACUGGACCCACGUCAUUAUCAGUCUAUUACAAUCCUUUACGACGAGCACUUUAUAGAUGGGAAUACAUCACCUGCUCUGAUUGGCCCUGAUCCAGGCGUGUCACUUCCUGUCCGGCUGCCUCAGGGCCUCUCUCUAGUGAUCCGCUGUAGUCCAAAAGCUGCAUGUUUUUCCUCUGAUCUCCCUUUAAGGCAUCUGCCGUGACGGUUUGUGUGUGAAUCUUGACAUUCCUAUUGAGAAAUACAUCCUUUAACUCUACUUGAAUCUCUGGGUUCAGUCGCGUCUCCCAGGAAGCCAUUUCUAAGACUCUGGCACAGAUUGCACUGUAGAUUACGUGCCGUCAGCAAAUGACCUGUGCUAUGCAAUACAUCAGUGUUUGUACGUUGUAUCUCGUCCGUAUGUCGUGUUUGGCACUGAAGGGGGUGAAUCUCAUGAAAGCUGUCAAGUAUGGUUGAAAAGGAAAAUUGUCUAUUUUUAGGACUGUUCGAUUUUUUUGCAUUUUGACUGUGCAUAGCACAUUUAUUCUUUUUAUUUUUUAUUUUAAACAUAAAUUUCACUACUUCGUAUUUAUAUAUCGUGGUGGUAUUUUUUUGUACUGCCUUUAAUUUGUUGAUUUAAAUAAAAGAAAAUGAUAUUACUAUGAUAUAGCAAAAAUUACUGUAUUACAUAAAAAGUACACCGUCUAGUUGCAUUACAGUAAAACUGCUUGCUUGAAUAGAAUAAUGGUAAUAAUACAAAUACAAAAUAAUGCAAGAUGCAACGUUCCUAAAUAGUUUUCUUUUGCAUUAUGACAUUGUGCACAGCACAUUUUAAAACUAAAUUUCACAUUAAUGUAAUGCAAAAUGUCACUAAUAUUUUUACAUCAUUUACUGCCUGAAUAAUUAUUACUAUUUAAUAAAAAAAAUUCCAGCAUUAUUUUUUAUUAUAAUACAAUUUAAAAAAAACCUGUUACACAGAGUAAAGAAAAUUACACAAAAAACUAGUACACCGUCUGAAUAUAUUAAUUAGAACUGUGGGAAUAUUGUCAAAAAUAAUGCAUAUGAUACUAAUAAAAAAAUUAUAUAAAAUAUCUUAAUGCUCCUCAAAAUGACGUACAUAGCAUUUUCACAUUAAUGCAAUGCAAAAUGUCACUAAUAUGUUUAUAUUCUGCCUUUAAUUUGAGUUUACUAAAAUUAAGUAAAAAUAUAGCAUUUUUUCAGUAUAAUACAACAACAACAAAAAUACUGUUACACUAUGAAUACUGAUUGAAAGUAUGAGAAUUAGAUUUUUUUUGGGGGGGGGCAGUGUGCACAUUGAGCAUUUUAACAAGUUUGUCUAUGUAAUUAUUAUAUUGCAACAAAAACAACCCUGUUACACAAAGUAAUAAAAUCUAAAAUCUGAGCAUUACAUGCAUUACACUAAUGAGAAUUUUGGGGGAAAUGUUUGCUUGGACAGAAUUAUGCAAAUAAUAAUAAUAAAAAAAGCAAAGUAUUUUAAUGCUCCUGAAAAUAGGCUUCGUUUAGAUUUUUGGAUGAAUUGUGAGCAGGAUGUGUUUUCGUGAGAUUCACUCAGAUGCCGUUUGUCUGUUUAACUCCUAACAGGAAUCUUCAACCCAAAAAGACGAUGUAUUUUACUGACUUAACAGAAUAUCUGGUGUCGUUCUGCAUGUGUUUCUAAAACCAUUGUAGAUGUAAUUCCAUAGCGGACGAUAUAGGGCCUUGGGAGUAUUAUCUUCAUUAGACAAAUUUGCUGUAUAGUUGCUGUUCUUCAUAUGCUGUCAUAGUUUCGCUGAUUAUUUUUCUCACUACCAGUGAAUAGAUUCAAAUUAUCUCUACACAUUAGAAACAAAAGCUUUAGUCUUAUGAAUACUUUUCCUUUAAUGUUACUUAAAGAUAAGAAAUUAUUUUAACUACAUAGAAGCAAUAGGUUAUAGAAGCUUUGUGUGUAUAUGUGUGCGUCAGUUAUUUGUGACAAUAUGGCAGACAAUUCUUAAUUUCUUUGUAUGUUUUUAGUUUGAUCUAUGUUUUAAUUGAUUUGCAUCACCAUUGACAAUCAAGUAGCUUGUUGAAUUGUGUUCUGUAUGUAUCCACUCACAUGUUUGUUUGUGAAAAACACGUCACUGUGUGCUGGGAACGUUUCUUAACCAUUUGUCCGCAUUUGCACUUUUAACAUUUCAUUUCUGUCCUUGUAAUCAAUCAAAUGUAUUUGUGAACAGAAAUGGACCUGAAAUCAUCUAUUAAAAUGUAAAAACUG